CAGGAUGAAGACGUGUGUGCAGAAGGGCUGGAGGAAGAGAUGUAAACCGUUCGGAUUUACACCUACGCUGUCGGUGAAAGAACACGUCUUGGACUGAAGUGGCCGAAUUAAAGACGUCACAAUAUGAAGACGCGAACGCGUCAUGGGAUCAUAUUGAUUGGUGUUAUGACCGCCUGUACAAGCUUAUUGUUCCUGUACAAUAGCAGUAUUAACAGCCCAACAGAAAAUCAGAGGGAAUCAGAUGGACAUCAGAUGGAAAUUCUAAGACAGCAGAAGUACUUAAAAGAUUACAGCAGCAUCAUUGAUCAUAAGCCUCUUAGGAUGCAUUGCAAAUGUUGUGCCUUAGUGACCAGCUCUGGUCACAUGACAGGAAGUGGUCGAGGUGCGGAGAUCGACCACACGGAGUGUGUCAUCCGAAUGAACGAUGCCCCAACACGAGGCUACCAGAGGGACGUAGGGCAGCGGACAAGCCUGCGUGUGGUUGCGCACUCCAGCAUGCAACGUGUACUACGAAACAGGCACGAGCUACUUAACUCCAGCCAGGAAACCGUUUUUAUCUUUUGGGGUCCCGGAAACUACAUGCGACAGGACGGUAAAGGACUGGUCUACAAUAACCUGCGUCUGAUGAAGCAGAUGAUACCUAAACUACAGGUGUACAUCAUCUCACGGUUAAAGAUGUUGCAUUUCGAUGAACUCUUCAAGAGGGAAACUGGGAAAGAUAGAAAAAGGUCAAAUUCUUGGCUGAGCACAGGAUGGUUCACCAUGGCAAUCGCUAUGGAGAUCUGUGACAGAAUCAAUGUCUAUGGCAUGAUUCCCCCCGAGUUCUGCAAGUCCCCCAAGCCCUCAAUGCCAUAUCAUUACUAUGAGCCUGCAGGGUCAGAUGAAUGCACCAUGUAUCUUUCCCAUGAGCAGGGCCGCCAAGGCAGCCACCAUCGCUUCAUCACAGAAAAACUUGUCUUUGCGAACUGGGCACGUAUGUUCAACAUUCAGUUCUAUCAACCAGACUGGAGACCAGCGCCUCUCGCACAGAACAGCACAGUCUCCUGAGGUUCAUCCACUGCAAACUCUGUGACAAAAAACAUCUAGAAAGAGGGAUGUGUUCUGUAUAUCUGUAUUGAGCACAGAACCUAAUGAUCACUUAGUGUCCCGGACUGAAUAUGAGUGAAGUAUUGCUAAAGCCAGAAAUCAUUGUAGCUUUAUAAUAGUAAGUGGUUAGAAACUGUGGAUCCCUGCUGUUCUAAAAUUAAACAAUUCAACAAUGUCAAAUUUGUGUAAUUUUGCCAGAUAGAGCAUUUCUACUCUCAAAGGCCUCUUUCACUGUUAAAACUAAAGGGUCCCAAUGAGGUAUUACAGCUUGCUGCAAUAUGAGCGCAUUUUAAAAUUCCUAUCAUGCCAUAAAAUAACCUUUUAAGAUUCCUAUGAUGCCAUAAGAGUACCUUUUUAAAUUAUCAUGAUUUCAAUUCUAAUCCUACAGUAUUAUGUCAUAAAAGAACAUAUUAAGGUUCAUAUAAUUCCAUAAAAUAACCUUUUUAUGUUCCUACUGAUGCCAUAAGUGCACAUUCAAUUCAAUUCAAUUCAAUUUUAUUUGUAUAGCGCCUUUCACAACACACAUCGUUUCAAAGCAGCUUCACAGAACAUCAGCAUUAACAGACGACAAAAACUGCAACGUCCAUAAAGUCGAUUAAUCAUCAUUGUGUAAUUUAGACAAAAUUUGAUUUUAAUGGUUUAAAAAUAAUUAAAUGAUAAUUAUAUGAACUCUUUCCCUUCCAAACACGGAAUUUUCCGGGUUUUAUGAAAAAAGCUUCCCGCCAAACACUGAAUUUUCCUGGUAUCCGUAUUUUAGGUGGAAUACGGUAAGAAAGACCCGCACGCAUGUUUUGAAAGAGUACGCAACUCUUUGAUCAAAGAAACAAAGAAAAAAAAAAAAAAAAAAAAAGCAGACUGCGAUCGUCUUCAACGUAAAGUGGAGUUUUGAGAAUGUAGCUCAAAAUGUAGAUAGAAAUGCCUUUUUCUCAGCUUUUUGUCCGAAAUGUUGUUUUUGACAAAGCCUACCUUUAAUGCCUUAAUGGCAUUAAAAAUAACAAAUGAAGAUUAAAUAAAAUCGUUUUUUAUUUGCCUAAAAGCAGAGGCUCAGAUCUUUAUUUUGAUAUAUAGCAUCUUCAUAUAUUCAUGGAAUUAAAUAUUCUGCGGGCCAUUAAAGUUUUGCGAAAAUCGUCAAAAACCCUGGCGGUGGCUGGCAACUUUUUUUUUUUUAAAACGCUGGCGGGGAAAGAGUUAA